AUAAGCAGAAUUUGUGGAGAGUUUCAAAUUAAAAUUUAAAAUCACCAAGAGAAAAAAAGCUUAUUGAUUUAGAGUUUAAUGUAAUUGUGUUUUCAUAUGGACCUAACAAUGUUGCAUAAAAUUUUACUUACAUUCAUCUACCUGUUGUCUUUGCUACCUGAGAUAGACAGUAUACCCUUACAUCGUUCGAAAACAGCAUGCCAUCCUUUAUGUGGUUUUUUGUUUUGGCAUCGCACAGGAGUAUGUCACCCUACAGGACGUUGUUUAUGCUGUUUUGGAUGGACAGGACCAAAUGGAGUUUAUAUUGACACUGGAAGACUUAAAAACAGAAUAUUGGCUGAUUAUUGUGUAAAACCAUGUCAUUACGCGUACUACUAUAGAAAUCCCAAUUGUAUCUAUAGAAAACUGACAAGUACUACUACUCCGAAAACGACAAAACGUAAAACGACGAGAACGACUAAACCCAAAACAGCGGCAACAACACCAGAACUUACAACAACAAGGACGACAGAAACAAAACCCACAACAUGUCAUCGCUUUUGUGGUUAUCCGUUUUGGCAUCAUGCAGGAAUUUGUCAGCGCUCAGGACGUUGUUUAUGUUGGAGGGGAUGGACAGGGCCAAAUGGAGUUUAUAUUGACACUGGAAGACUAAAAAACAGAAUAUUGGCUGAUUAUUGUGUAAAACCAUGUCACUAUACGUACUACUAUAGGAAUCCCAAUUGUAUCUAUAGAAAAAUGUCCAGUACCACUACACCAACAACAAACACAGAACAAACGUUAACAACAACAACUAACCCCAAAAGUACAAAUAUAACACGAAAUCCAACAACGGCGGGAACAACAUCAGAAGAUACAACAAGGAGCACAACGACACUGAAACCUCAAACAACAACAACGACCUCAGAACCAACAACGACAACGAAACUAAAACCUAAAACAACAACAACGACUUCAGAACGAACAACGACACCGACACUAGAACCAACAACAACAGAAAGCACACGAAAGCCUACAACAAUAACGACGACAGCAGCACCUACAACAACAACAAGCACACGAGAACCUACAACGACAACAACAACACCAGAACCUAUGACGACAACAAGCACACGAGAGCCUACAACAAUAACGACGACACGAGAACGUACAACGACAACAAGCACACGAGAGCCUGCAAAAAUAACGACGACACGAGAACCUACAACGACAACAAGCACACGAGGGCCUACAACAAUAACGACGACACCAAAGCCUAAAACGACAACAAGCACACGAGAACCUACAACAAUAGCGACCACGCCAGAACCCGUAACAUGUCAUCGUUCUUGUGGUUCCCCGUUUUGGCAUCAUGCAGGAAUUUGUCAGCCCUCAGGACGUUGUUUAUGUUGGUGGGGAUGGACAGGUCCAAAUGGAGUUUAUAUUGACACUCGAAGACAGAAUAACAGAAUAUUGGCUGAUUAUUGUGUAAAACCAUGUCAUUAUACGCACGUGUAUAGGAAUCCCAAUUGUAUCUAUAGAAAAAUGUCCAAUACCACUACACCAACAACAAACACAAAACGAACGUCAACGACAACAACUAACCCCAAAACUACGAAUACAACACGAAAUCCAACAACGACGGAAACAACAUCAGUACAUAAAACAAUGUCCACAACGACAACGAAACCUCAUACAACAACAACGUUCUCAGAACCAACAACGACAACGACACUAGAACCAACAACAACAACGAAACUAAAACCUAAAACAACAACAACGACUUCAGAAGCAAGAACUACAUCGACACUAGAACCAACAACAACAAAAAGCAGACGAGAACCUACAACAAUAACGACAACACCAGCACCUACAACAACAACAAGCACACGAGAGCCUACAACAAUAACGACAACACCAGCACCUACAACAACAAAAAGCAGACGAGAACCUACAACAAUAACGACAACACCAGCACCUACAACAACAACAAGCACACGAGAGCCUACAACAAUAAUGACAACACCAGAACCUAUAUCGACAACAAGCAAGCGAAAGCCUACAACUACAUCAAUAAGAACAGAACCUACAAAAACGACAGAGAAACCAACAACAACGAAAACGAAAUCAAAGUCUGCAUCGACAACAACAACAAUGGAAGAACCUACAACGACAUCAACAACUACGACAAUACCAGAAAAUAUGACAACGACAACAACACCAGAAAAUAUAACAACCAUACCAACACCAGAAAAUAUGACAACCACAUCAACACCAGAAAAUGUGACAACGACAACAACACCAGAAAAUAUAACAACCACGUCAACACCAGAAAAUAUGACAACCGCAUCAACACCAGAUAAUAUGACAACCACAUCAACACCAGAAAAUAUGACAACCACAUCAACACCUGAAAAUAUGACAACCACAUCAACACCAGAUAAUACGACAACCACCUCAACAUCAGAAAUUAUAAGAACCACAUCAACACCAGAAAAUAUGACAACCACAUCAACACCAGAAAAUGUGACAACCACAUCAACACCAGAUAAUAUGACAACCACAUCAACGCCAGAAAAUACAACAACCACAUCAACACCAGAAAAUAUGACAACCACAUCAACACCAGAUAAUAUGAGAACCACAACAACAUCAGAAAAUGUGACAACGACAAAAACACCAGAAAAUAUAACAACCACAUCAACACCUGAAAAUAUGACAACCACAUCAACACCUGAAAAUAUGACAACCACGUCAACACCUGAAAAUAUGACAACCCCAUCAACACCAGAAAAUGUGACAACCACAACAACACCAGAAAAUGUGACAACGACAACAACACCAGAAAAUAUGACAACCGCAUCAACAUCAGAAAAUAUAACAACCACAUCAACACCAGAAAAUAUGACAAACACGGCAACACCAGAAAAUAUGACAACCGCAUCAACAUCAGAAAAUAUAACAACCACAUCAACACCUGAAAAUAUGACAACGACAACAACACCUGAAAAUAUGACAACCACAUCAACACCAGAAAAUGUGACAACCACAUCAACACCAGAAAAUGUGACAACCAUAUCAACACCAGAAAAUAAAAUAUGA